AUGUCAGGAAUCAGACUGAUAAGCGAGUCCACAUAUGUCUUUCUCAACCUCACGGACCACACACUGGAUGAUGUUGACGAAUCCCUGAGGCUGGACAAGCAAUUGAAGCUCGAUCCUCAUUCUGCGCGCUACGGGCUUGGUGCUCUUGAGAAGCUCCCACUCGAGAUCCUCCACCUCACGCUCCUUGCGCUGGACGUACAGUCAAUGACGGAUUUCCGUCGCGUCAACAAAAGAGCAAGGAUCGUCGCGGGCUCAAUUCCGCAAUAUCGCCGAAUCCUCGCGCACGCGCCCGCCGCCCUACGCGGCAGCCUCAACCUCGAAACCGCCCGGAACUUCUCCUGCCAGGCUUUGUACGAGACACUCUCCACCGCCGAGUGUAACGGGUGCGGCGAUUUCGGCGGAUACCUCUACUUGAUCACCUGCCGCCGGGUGUGUUUCCUGUGCCUUACCGAGAAGACCGACUACCUCCCCCUGUCCCGGAAGGAUGUGUUUCGCAAAUUCGGGCUGGACCCGACUCAUCUAGCGCGUCUGCCUCGCAUGAAGAGCUUCCCGGGCCAUUACUCGCCUCGAGGGAUCAAAUGUCGACGCCGUGAGACCUUGUUCGAUCAUUGCUCCGCACGAGAAGCCGGGAUCGCCGUCCAUGGGACAGCUGAGGCGAUGGAAAGAUUCGCGGCAGAGAUGGUCUCCAAGCAACUCGAGGCCUACAAUUCGCGACUACCUCUGCGCCAAACGAGUCAGAUACCCGGGCGGCUCCCCAGAUCUGAAGACGCCUUCGAUGGACAUUCCGCCAUACGCCAUCCCCUGAAUGGGGGUUUCACUGUUUGGCUUGCAAAGCCCAUCAUUAUCGUCGGCCGCUUCACUGGCGUCGGAAGUAUACUAUCGAGAGUUACCGAGACCAUAUCAGAGAAAGUGGGGAAGUGA